GGAUAGUGUGCCUCUGCAUAGCGCUACCGCGUUCGAAAAUUGCCAGCUAGUACAGUGAUGAACCAAAGAUGAUAACAAUUCCAAACAACAUCACAAACAAGACUUGGAUUCGAAAAACCAUCAGCCGUGUUUGGGCAAAUUGGCCAGAUGUCCUCUGUUGGAAAGGAAGCGUUUUACCUGCCACUCUUCCACCUGUUAUUCUGAUGUCUAUAUUUUCUACGCUUGUCUGCUUAGUACAUGUUAAUUUCGAAGUAUAUCUCGGUCUUCCAAGCUCUGUUGUGCCAACAAUCUCGGUGACAUUAGGUCUUUUGCUUGCCUUUCGAGUCAAUACAGCAUACGAUCGCUACACGGAAGGCAGACGUCUGUUUCAAACGAUAACGACAACAAUUCGCAACCUUGCACGUUUGAUCUGGCUCAAUGUCCCCGAAAAGAAUGAAAGAGAUCAUGUCGAAAAGAUGAGAUGUGUCAAACUCCUUCUCGCCUUCGCGGUUGCUACCAAGCGGCAUUUGAGAUCAGAAUACGGUAUUGACUAUCCAGACUUAAAAUCAUUGUUACCAAAUGAUUGGGUUUCAACUAUGACCUCGGCAUCCAUGCCUACAUCACGAACAGCUCCUCCACCUCCCAAGUUGAAAACCAGAAUCGCUGCAAUGAUGGGUAUGGGACAACCAAUUCUUUUACAAGAUGACACUGAUGUCGUUCCCGAGGCUGCGUUUACAGGAUCCCCUGUAGACUUAAUUCCACCACCAAUUUUACAACCUCAAAAUGAUGAUAUCAGUGACGUUGCUAACAAACGUAGAGACGAAGAAGACCAGGUACCUUUUCUGGUAAAGACAACUCCCACUUUAGAAUAUCCUAUCAAACGAGCUACUGCAAAAAAGAAGAGUGAUGACAAACUGCAUCUGCUUGAUAGCUCUAGUGCAUCGGGUCUGAAUGAACAAGGCUCUAGCACUGCUGCAUCAUCCAUCAAAAGUAUCUCUUUCCAUUCGGAUGAAGACUUGCCGGAGGAGAGGGAUGCAGACAUGUGCUUGCCGAUGGAAAUUCUCUUUCGCAUUUCACUUUUCCUUAACCAAGCUAAAGCAGCAGGCAGAAUUGAAUCCAGCUUCGUUGUUAGUUGCACCUCUUCAAUCGAUACGCUCACGAACAGCCUUACAGCUUUUGAACGUAUUCGCCAUACCCCCAUUCCAAAAGCCUAUGAUAUCCAUUUGAAACAAGGAGUAGUCAUUUAUGUUGUCACCUUGCCAUUUACCUUGGUCGCCGAAAUGGGCUUUCUCAUGAUUCCAGUUGUAGCACUCGUUGCAUUCACGCUUUUUGGUGUCAUUGCUAUUGGCUCUCAAAUCGAAAACCCUUUUGGAUAUGAUAGUAACGAUUUACCUCUGUCACAUUAUUGUGAUCAGCUCAAGAAAGAAGUGGAGUGGGUCAUAUAUCAUAUCCCAACUUCGACCGAGUCGGUACUUCUAAAUGGCGUGUGAUCUGAAUAUUUUACAACAUAACUUAUUGUAUAGCAUUGCAUAAUACGUGGUUAACAAUGAUAAAACUCCAAUUUUUAAUUUAAAUUCAUGUUUGCAUUUGCGGCAACAUGCUGCUUAUGGAAAGACUUCACAUAAGAUAUCUAGGUAUACAACUCCAUAACGGCAUCGUUGGCAAGGGCUUCAAGCGAUUCACCCUUCAAGUCAAUACCAU